AUGUACAACGAAGAUGUCGAGAUGAAGAGUGGUAGCGCCGUCCACACUCGGGUGAUGGGGUCGAAUGGCCCUGCGCCAGGGAGUGGAAGCGUCGAGUAUCGCCAAAGACAGCAACUCGAGAGAUAUUUGAACUUCUUCUCAUCGCUGGCAUUCUCGGCCUGCUUACUCGCCUCUUGGGAGUCUACUGGUGGCAGUAUCCAAGCAGGCCUGUACAAUGGUGGACCUGCUGUUCUUGUGUACGGCAUUAUUGUCAGUGGUGUCGGCAAUUUGGCCAUCGCAUGCUCACUGGCGGAGCUGGCUUCAGUACACCCCGUCGCUGGAGCGCAGUAUCACUGGAGCUAUGUACUUGCUCCAUUCUCACCUCGAUUCCUUAGUUUCUUCCAAGGAUGGGUUACCGUCUUCUCAUGGGCUGCGCUAGUCUGCAUCGCCCCUUUCUUCAUCGGAACACAAAUUGAGGGCAUGGUGGUUCUCUCCAAUCCCGAGUAUGUCGCUCAGAGAUGGCAUGGGACGCUGCUUAUGUGGGCGGUGGUCUUGGUCCCGAUCAUCAUCAACAUCUUUGCCCGUCGCGUGCUGGGUGUCAUCGAGGUGGCGGCUGGCAUCAUGCAUGUCAUCUUCCUGCCGGUCACAAUCGCCGUGUUUGUGAUCCUCGCCCCACGAAACCCCAACGCUUUUGUAUGGGACACCUUUGUCAGUGGUCUCAGCGGGUGGCAGAACCCCGGUGUCGUCUUCUCCAUCGGUCUUCUGGGUGUCAUCACCCCGUUGAGCGGUGUCGACGGAAUCAUCCACAUGGCCGAAGAGGUCAAAAAACCAAAGAAAGUAGUCCCCCGCUCCAUGAUCUGGGGCACGAUCAUCAACUCCGUCAUGGCCUUUGGAUACAUCGUCGCCGUGCUCUACUGCAUGGGCAACUACGAAGAGGCCCUCAUGAGCCCCACGGGCUACCCCAUCAUCCAGAUCGCCUACCAGGCCACCGGCUCCAAGACCGCCACCUACAUCGUCAUGGCCAUGGGCAUGCUCCCGGGCUGGGUGGCCCUGUUCAACGGCCUGGCGUCGGUGACGCGGCUGACGUGGGCCUUUGCGCGCGACAACGGCCUGCCCUUCUCGGACUUUUUCGUCAAGGUGUCGCCGCGGUACAAGAUCCCGAUCCGCGCGCUGUUCCUCGUCGCGUCGGUCGUGAUCGCGCUGUCGUUCAUUCAGAUCGGAUCCACGGCUGCCUUUAACGCCAUUCUCUCCCUCAGCACCCUCGGAUUGUACAUCUCGUACCUGCUGCCGUUGAUCUUCCUCGUCAUCAAGCGGUUCACCAGCCCACAGGAUAUUCCGCGGGGGGCGUUCUCGCUGGGAAAAUGGGGUCUUCCGGUCAACCUGGUGGCGAUUCUGUUCGCGACGUACUUUGCCAUCUUCCUGCCCUUCCCGUCGACGUUGCCCGUGACCGGCGAGAACAUGAACUAUGCCGGGCCGGUGCUGGGAUUUGUCAUGAUCUUUGCAACAGAUUCCAACUUCAUCGCAGAUAUUUUGGCUGCUCUUGGCAGGGCGCGGACAACCCCCGACGGCCCAAUGGAGAAUCCUCGCUAG